CUGUCAGACAGAUGACUGUCAGUGUCAAAAAUAUCCCAAGGUCUUGGAGUGAAUAUCGUCCUCUGCUAUCUAAAAAAUAUUUACAUUCGUUUUCAUAGAGAUAGUAAAGUGCUGACGAUAACAAAUAAACGCUUAGUGAAUUUGCAUAUUAUGUAAAAUUCAGUGUAUAUGAACGCAAUAAUAAUCAUAUUUCAACAUCCAUCGUAUAGAAUUAUCCGAUUGAUGUGAGAUGAUGAGUACAAUAGUACAAAACGGGGACGAAGAUUCGUUUAUCAUUUUGGGAACUUCUCCUGGCUCCAGUCUGGACAUGAAGUGUCUUGAGAACGGCCUUGAGACCGGCGAGGUGACUUUGGAUAAGGAACAAAUGGAGGAAGCCAUGAAGGACCUCUCUGAUGAAGCCAAUAUGGCUUUCAAGGCGCAUUUUAAGCUUGGAGAUUGUCCGUCUCCGGCUAGCAUGAUGGUAGCCAGCACCAUUAUCACGGACGACAGGAGCACAGAAGAGCUUCAGAAGAGAUUUGGAGAACUUCUGGAUGAAAAUGUGAUAUUGAAGGAGACUUUAAAACAGAAUAAUGAGUCGAUGAAAGAACAGUUCCUGUUAAUAGCGUCCUGCCAGGAAGAUAUGAUGAAGACCCAUGUUCUUCACAAGGAGAAGUUUGAAGAGACCAAAGGAUUGGUGGAGAAGCUUCGACAAGAAAACAAAAAGCUGAAGUCUGAAAUAGCGAAGUUAGCCGACACCGAAGCUAAGUCUCUAGUCAGCAGUGAAACCGGAGAGUCAGUUGUGGCAACCAAUGUUGGGGAUCCUGUGCCUUCAGGACCAUCAUCAGCUCUGGAGUUUGUGACGUCACCAGACGAUGAUACUAUCAACAAAUUAACCUCGCAGUUGGAGCUGGUGGAAAAGCAAAGGAGACAGGUUAUAGUAGAAAACGAGAAGCUGACUUGGCAAAAGGAGUCCUUGGAACACAUAGUGGAUGCCACAUCUAAAGAGAGGGAUGACCUAAAAGAAAAACUGAAGAAUGCCGAGCUUCUUCUAUCGACCAAGGACACGGAACACGCCGCAGAAGUCGAUGACCUCAAGUAUACGAUACAAGAUCUACAAGCACAGGUGCAGUCUGCCAGUAAUUAUACAAGUAUAUCAUCUGAGGAGGUGGCUAAGCGCGACCAGCAGGUGCACCAGUUAGAAGGUAAAAUCGCGGUAUUACAGGCAGAACUCAAGACCGCACAGCUCAAAAUAUUAGACCUGGAAACUGUUAAGAAAGUUCGACAAAACUUCUAUAAACUAAAAAACUUCAUGUUUACGGCGGGACUCGAACUCGGGGUCUCUGUGGUGUAA